AUGCUUCGCACCGUCCUCAUCAACGCUCUUCUGGCCUCCGUCGUCGCUGCUCACGACAAGGUCCUCACCAUCAGCUCCGUCGCCGUAGACUGUGACGAAUCGUCGGCUGCCCCUGUGGCGCCCCCUACUUUCUCGACCACCUUCCAGACCAGCGUCAAGACCAUCAUCAGCUGCGGCCCCGAGGUCCCCGACUGCCCUGGAGCCACGCCUCACCCUCACCCUGAGCCUACGCCCGUCGGUCCUCCUCCCUUCCCCACCGACGAAGUUUACCCCUCUCUGCCAAUCUGCUUCCCCGGUGGUGACUGCGAUGAGCUCCCCGCGACUCCUGUCGUCCCGGCCUCUCCUGUCCCCACCUACGCCGAGUCUUCGGAGCACCCCGUUGCUCCGUCCGUGACGCCCUCCCCUGGUGUCCAUACUCCUGUCGUUCCUAUCCCUCCCCCGGUCAUCCCCGCUUCUCCUGUGGCUCCCAUCUCUCCUGUCUACCCCAUCUCUCCCGCUUCUCCUACCCCGGGCACGCCCAUUCCCGCUACUCCCACUGCCGCACCCGAGGUUCCCACGGUUCCCACAGUUCCUGUUGCCGCUGGUGAGAUGAACCGUCCCCUGGCUGGCAUCUGCCUUGGUGUUGCUGCCAUCGUCGCUGUCAACCUGAUGUAA